UGCUACACUCUCUCUUCUCUUCUUGAUCACUUCCUUCUUCUCAUUAUUCCUCACUUCAAUAAUGUCGCCCAAAUCCAAGCCUUCCGCAGCAACGGCGAUGUCGGUGCUGGAGUUGCCUGACCUGGUGCUGGAAUGCAUCCUCGAGAAGCUGCCCCCGGAGGGGCUGUGCAGGAUGGCGAGCGUGUGCACUUCCCUGAGAGACGGCUGCGUGAGCGAUCAUCUGUGGCGGAAGCAUAUGGAGGGGAAAUGGGGUGGGAUUUUUGGGGCUGCUGCGGCCAAAGAAUGGGAGUGUUUUAUUGCUUCAAGAAAAGAGCUUUCUUUCUUGAAUGGGGAGAAGCUGCAGAAGGGGGUGGUGGGGUAUUUGUGGGGGUUGAUUAGAUCUGGAUUGAGCGGCGGUGGUGGGAGGAGGAGGAGCUCCUUCACGGCCGUUGAUUCGGUUAUGUCCAAGUAUCUUGCUCUUGAGUCUGGAAAGUUCUGGUUUCCUGCUCAAGUUUAUAACCGUGAGAAUGGUCAUGUGGGAUUUAUGUUGUCUUGCUAUGAUGCUAUGCUGAGCUAUGAUAGGAAAACUGACACCUUCAAUGCCAGAUAUCCUGCUCAUGGAGCAAGAGCAAGUGCUGUUGAGAGUGGUGUGACAUGGGAUAGGUUUAGGGCUCCCCUUGUCCACACUUCACCUCACGAUCUUCACAUUUCGGAUUGCUUGCACGACCUCCACCCUGAGGAUCACAUCGAGAUCCAAUGGAGACGAAACAAAGAGUUCCCAUAUGGUUGGUGGUACGGUGUUAUAGGCCACUUGGAAACUUGCGAUGGGAACGCCAGUUACUGCCGGUGUCAUGAUAGUGACACGGUGGUGCUGGAGUUCAGGCAGUACACACCGGGAUCCCUUUGGAGGCAAAAAUUCAUCAACCGGAGAGAGCACAGAGAAGAAGGAAACGAGACGGAUGGAUUUUACGGAGGGAUUCGGAAACUGAGAGGGGAAGAAGAGAUCUCUAUGUGGAAGAAGCUGUGGCCUGCUCAAGUUUUACAGUAAUAAAAUGUUGAGGAAAAGUAGUUACAUUAUUUGUUGUAGGUAAAUUAUUUUGAGGUUGUAUCAUUAUUAUAUGAUGCCUCCUUUAAUUCUUAGAUGUAAGAUAAAGCCCAAGUGGGAAUAUACAAAUGUAUAAUGUACUACUCUUAUGUAUCCACUUUUGAUCAUAAAAUUGCAAGUAUACCACUUUUGGAUUCA